AUGUCGUGGAGACGGAGCGAGAAGCUGAUGGACACGAUCAAACACUACAGCAACUUCCCAGCCACAGGUGUUUCCCUACGGCAGAUGGUGCAGUUUGGAGAGAAACCCUCUACCGGAACCCUCUUCCGCGCGUCGCAGUUCCUUUCCGAAGAACUGCCCAUACGGUUAGCACACCGAGUGCAAGAGCUCAACGACCUUCCUGAUGGACUUAAUGAGAUGCCAUCCAUAUGCCGCGUGCGCGAUUGGUAUGCGCAGUCGUUUGAAGUCAAGCCGACACAAAAUCCAAGUAUCAAGACAGGCCAGUACCGAUCCGCGCCGACAAAUGGCAACGGCAAUGGAAAUGGCAACACAAUCACAAAAGAAGUCAAGGGCGCAAGUCGGAGAUACUACGCCGCUGCAGACGACGGACAAGAUUGGCCACCAGAAUUAGCCGCCUACAACACAAAGUUUGCAGACACAUUGGAGAAGAUUAAGAGGCGGCAUGACAGCGUCGUUACCACUGUUGCGCAAGGCAUCUUGGAAUGGAAGCGCAAGCGGCAACGGUUACAAAUCGACCACAACAUACAGGCUUUUCUCGAUCGUUUCUACAUGUCUCGUAUUGGCAUUCGCAUGCUCAUCGGCCAGCACAUCGCCCUUACCGACCAACGCUCGCGGACCGACCCAAACUACGUUGGAAUAAUCUGCACAAAGACGAACGUCCAGGAACUUGCACAAGAGGCUAUCGAAAACGCGCGCUUCGUGUGUGAAGACCACUACGGCCUAUUCGACGCGCCAAAAGUGCAGCUAGUGUGCAACCCGGACAUUAGCUUCAUGUACGUUCCUGGCCAUCUAUCGCACAUGCUCUUCGAAACACUCAAGAACUCGCUACGUGCCGUGGUGGAACGACAUGGACAAGAGAGGGAAGCCUUCCCAGUAACAAAGGUCAUUGUUGCAGAGGGCAAGGAGGAUAUCACGAUUAAGAUUUCGGAUGAAGGAGGUGGCAUUCCUAGGUCAUCGAUUCCGCUAGUAUGGACGUACAUGUACACGACAGUCGAUCAAACACCAAGCCUGGACCCGGACUUUAACAAGAGCGAUUUCAAAGCACCAAUGGCUGGGUUCGGUUAUGGUCUGCCAAUUUCGAGGCUUUAUGCACGGUACUUUGGUGGCGACCUGAAGCUGAUUUCCAUGGAAGGCUACGGCACAGACGUAUACCUCCAUCUUAACCGGCUUUCGUCGUCCUCGGAGCCUCUGCAAUAG